AUGGGAGCCUUCUUGAAUAUUUCGACACAAACACUGUUUGGCAUUAUUGAACACCUGCCUCGAGAUGAGAAACUGCUUCUACUUGCUGCCAUUGGAAAUAAAAGUGAAGAUGAACUAUUUGACAUUGCCGGCAGUUGGGAAACAUUACAACCGCUUUUAAAAUACCCUGAAUACCGUGCUCAUAAGAUACUGAUGUUGUACAUCCCGCCAGUACUCUUUAUACUCGGCAUCUGUGGUAAUUUCAUGUCCUUCUUCAUCAUGCGUCAAAAGGGAAACCCACGUUCAUCCACCUACACGUUCCUCAAGUCCCUGGCCGUGGCAGACACUAUGGUCCUGUGGGUUGGACUACUACCAAGGUGGUUCAAUGAACUAACUGGCUUUGAUUUAAGUUUUCAGGCUAACUGGCUUUGUAAAACCAUGGUUAUGUUGGGCUAUUUUUGCAGCAAUAUAUCUACAUGGAUAGUGGUUGCUGUCACCAUAGAGAGGUUUCUUGUAGUGUACUAUCCACUGAAAGUUCUAGGCCUUUACAGUGUUGCCCGUGCGAGAAGGAUUAUUGGUGGAUUGUAUGCCAUGUUUCUCAGUUUAAACAUCCACUUUCUUUGGACGGUUGGCCUGAUAGAAGAACAAGACUCUUACCCUCGCCCAGUGUGUGGCGCCGUGGCAGGCAAUGAAUAUCUCAUCACCGUGAUUUGGCCCUGGGUGGACGCUGCCACGUACUGCCUGCUCCCAUUCUUAAUCAUCAGCAUCUUCAAUGUACUUAUCAUCUCAAAAGUUCGACGGACAGCCAAUCAAAGGGCCAUUCUUCAAAAAAUCUGCCUGAGAAGACGGAAAGCAUCUUCGGUGCACACCUACUCCUGCCUGACAGGGAUGCUCCUCAGUGUGUCCUUCGCCUUAUUGUUGUGCAAGCUUCCAAUGAACGUCAGCAUCAUAGCAUCAGUGUUUUGGAACAGCAGGGGCCACGACAACGCGGCGAUGUCCAAAUUUCAGCUCUUUUUUACAGUCUCCGAGCUGCUGAUGCAUCUGAAUCACUCUAGCAACUUUUUUCUAUACUGUGCAUCUGGACAGAAAUUUCGAAAAGAUGUUAUGCGUAUGUUUUGUUGGAAAUCCACUAACGCCCAACAAGAUACUUCGAACAUAACAUCUCCUAUAUGUCGGCGUAAUAUAUACAAUCCUACAAGAAAAGAGGAAACGGGUGUAUGA